AUGGAGGGUCCUCUUUCGCCCUCUCACGUCGUGAUAGCUUAUGAUGCUACUAAGGAUCGCGGAUUCCACGAGCUUAAGCUCACUGUUGAUGCAGUGAGAAUGAGAGGUGACAUUCUUCGUGGAGGUGAUACGCUUGUUGUUCUUGGGGUUCUUCAUAGAGUGCUUCAUCCUUUGGGCUAUCAACUCAAAGCACGUCCCGAUUCUUUUACUGGAGCAAGCAAAAAGCACAUAGAAGAGGAAAUCACAAAGAAAGUUGAUGCUUAUGUCAACAUGCUCCUGCGAAGUGCUGAAGUCUGUGAAGAUGAAGGGGUCAGCAUCGAAGUUAAAAUUACUGCUGGAACUCCCACAAAGCAGGUUGUUUUGCAAGAAGUUGUAUCGUUUAGUGCAACAUGGGUUGUGCUUGACAGGCAUCUUAGAAAAGAUUUGAGGUUUUACCUUAAACAGAUUCCCUGCAAGGUUGCACUGAUUCAAGAUAACUUAUCGGUGGUAAUUGAAAAACCUCACACUACAGCUGAGACAGAUGUUAUAGAGCAAAAGCUGUUCUAUUCCAUGUCCAGACCUGUUCCAAUUUUGAGUUCUCCAACCAACGAAAGCUACGGGCUGUCUGUAGUCUCUUGCAGAAGCUAUUCAUUCAAUUCGCAUGAAAGCUCUGACAUGCACGCCGGCUUGCUACCUUCUUCUUCAUAUAAAUCACACGAGCACAAAAAUUUUCUUGAUUUUGGCUCUUCUUCUGAGCAAGAAAAAUCAGCUCCAUCUUCUUCUAAUAAAACGAUCCAAAAGAAGCAGAAAUAUGUCUCACGAUAUAAAUCCUCAGAAGCGCCGAUUCUUUGUUCUGGCUGUGGGGCAAGGACUGAACUGUAUAUCAAGGAUUCAACGAGCUUCACUUUUUCUGAGAUUCAGUUUGCAACACAAGAUUUUUUGAAGGAUAACUUGUUAGGAGAAGGGGGUUAUGGCCAUGUAUAUAAAGGUGAGCUAAGAGAUGGGCAGCUAAUUGCAGCAAAGGUACACAAAGAAGCAAGCACACAAGGAUUUGCAGAAUUUCAAUCUGAGGUAUAUGUGUUAAAUUUUGCCCGUCACAAGAACAUUGUAAUGCUAUUGGGUUUUUGCUGCAAGGAGAACCUUAACAUUUUGGUUUACGAGUAUAUUUGCAACAAGUCAUUAUACUGGCAUUUAUUUGAUACGACUGCAGAUAUUCUUGAGUGGCACCAAAGGCUUGCUAUUGCUGUUGGAACUGCAAAAGGGUUGCGUUUUCUGCAUGAAGAAUGUCGUGGUGGUCCUAUCAUACAUCGAGACAUGCGACCAAGCAAUAUACUUCUCACACAUGACUUUGUCCCAAUGCUUGGAGACUUUGGCCUUGCAAGAUGGAAAACUGGCAAUGACCCGGUGCAGACAAGGGUGCUUGGAACACUAGGAUACCUUGCUCCAGAAUAUGCAGAGAAUGGUAUUGUUUCUGUAAGAACAGAUGUCUAUGCAUUUGGCAUUGUUCUCUUGCAACUAAUAUCAGGACGCAAGGUAGUUGAUGAGAAAAGGGAGGAAGGACAACAAUCCAUUAGACAGUGGGUACGCCAGUGGUCUGUUUCUGUUGCUUCUGACGACGAUCAAGCAGAACCACUGAUUGAGCGCCUUGCAUUACAUGAACUCAUUGACCCUAGUAUUGGAGAGACAUAUGAUACAUAUGAAUUGUACCUCUUGGCUAAAACAGCUUACUUAUGUGUGCAAAGAAGCCCUGAAAUGCGACCAUCGAUGGGAGAGGUGGUGCGCCUUCUUGAAGCAGAAAGUGACCAUGCCCAGCAUUUAGGGGAGCGAUUUGCACGUCUUUAUGCAAAGUGA